AUGCCGCCACCCAAGCGAGGAGGCGCUUUCCCUCAUUACGGUGAUCGUAAUUCGCAUAUCAACAAGAAACAGAGAAGCGGGCAGCCAGUCUAUAGCUCUGCAGCUUACGGCGACUUACCAAAUGAUCGUGGACCGGACAAGCCUGUACAGCGCAGCAUUGCUCCUCCACCCAAGCUUACGCUCUCGGCAAGGGACAUGGAGUCGGGCCUUGUAGCCUUGCUCGACAGAUUUGUAGCAAACGAGACUACACCAAACGCAAAUAAAGACAUACUUCACCAUGCCCGAGAGCUGCGCCGCCUUCUAUGCACACGUACCGACGCAAAAUCUCAGAUCAUGCGUGAACUCGAUGAGAAACGCCCUGACAACGCUGCCAGUGUCUACAUACCCGAAUACAUUGAGCGCAAGGUCCAAGCAGCGAAAGACCUCCCUCCUCUGCCACCUAUCGCUGAACCUCACCUCCACGAAGCCGUCUUCACCCAUCGCACAGCUCAUGUCAACCCAGACGAUCCAAAGCAGAGUAAUAACAUAUCCCUCGAGCUAGACUACGAGCGCCUCGAAUUGCUUGGCGAUGCUUAUAUCGAGUUGAUAGCCUCUCGUGCACUGUACAACCGCUUUCCCCAAGUCGACGUUCCGGAACUUUGCUCCUGGCGAGAGAGGCUUGUGGAAAACUCGAAUCUUAGCAAGUUUUCGGAAGCAUAUGGCUUCCCAGACCGGUUGAAGCACCGGGCGCACUGGGACGUAGGCUCGAAGGCGUGGCAGAAAGUCGUUGCCGAUAUGUUUGAAGCUUACAUUGCCGGACUCGUGCUCUCAAAUCCAGAAAAUGGGUUCGAAAUCGCCGAGAACUGGCUGACCGAACUCUGGGCCCCACAGCUACUUGGCUUCAGGGAGAAGAUCAUUGAGAACCCGCAGGCCAGAAACGAGUUAAAUAAGCUCGUCCUUGUCAAGGAUGUUAAGCUCAAUUACCGAGAGGAAAAACGUAUGACAUACGAUUCGGGUAGUGUGCAACGUUUUUUCAUUGGUGUCUACUUGACCGGCUGGGGCUACCAGGACGAGUGGCUGGGCAGUGGAGAAGGUCAGAACAAGAACCAGGCAGCUGUCUCUGCAGCUAGUGCUGCAAUCAACAACAGUCCAGUGGUGAAGAAUGUUGCGCGACAGAAGGCAGAGCUAAUGGAGGUCAAGAGACUUGAGAGGGAGGAAGCCGAGAAGCAGGAAGACUUGAUCGCCAGGGAGGCUACGCACGGCAAUGAGGACAAGAACAGCAAUGCGAAGUUGGACAGUGGCGGCGACACUAAACGCAAAGAACGGAAGGGCGACGCACAAGGGCCUUCUCCUGAGAGGAAGAAAAAGCAUAGCAAGAAAGAGAAGAAAGAAAAGAAAUGCAAGGCCUCAACUGACGAUGAUAGUUCCUGA